CUCGGGACUGUCUAGUUGCCGUGGUGUCUCUAUGAUCCCCGGCUCCUCGCCUUUACUGCGGCUGAGCAUGCGCAGGAGACUGGCGUGCCAUAGCAACCGGAUCAGCGACAGUAGCAACCGUAAUGGCAAAAGCAACAACUAUUAAAGAAGCUCUAGCCAGAUGGGAAGAAAAAAAUGGCCAGAAGGCAUCGGAGGCCAAGGAGGUGAAACUAUAUGCCCAGAUUCCUCCUGUAGAGAAGAUGGAUGCAUCUCUGUCCACACUUGUUAAUUGCGAGAAGUUGUCUCUGUCUACAAACUGCAUUGAAAAAAUCGCCAACCUGAACGGCCUAAAAAACUUGCGGAUUCUUUCAUUGGGGAGAAACAACAUAAAGAAUCUGAAUGGGCUGGAGGCAGUUGGAGAUACAUUAGAGGAGCUGUGGAUCUCAUACAACUUAAUUGAGAAGCUGAAGGGCAUCCAUGUCAUGAAGAAGCUGAAGAUUCUCUAUAUGUCCAAUAAUUCGGUGAAAGAUUGGGCAGAGUUUGUGAGACUGGCAGACUUGCCAUUCCUGGAGGAUCUGGUGUUUGUGGGCAAUCCACUGGAAGAGAAAUACUCUGCCGAUCAGCAGAGCAGCUGGGUCGAAGAAGCAACCAAACGAGUGCCCAGGCUGAAAAAACUAGAUGGUGUCCCAGUUAUUAAACAAGAAGAAGGUGAAGAAGGAGAAAACUAACACAACUCUUUCUUGUGUGGUAUUAUAUUAUUUAAGUUUCUUCAGAGCAAUUCAGCACACAAAGCUUUUGUAUAAAUGUUUGUUUCAAAGAAAAUAUUUGGGUAAUUUUUUUUAACUAACUCAUCUCCAUACUCUCCUUUCCUCACCCAAAGAGUUAAUUACCAAAACAUGGGGACACUGACUUUGUACAUUUCAUGUGCUCUUCUGUGAGGACUAUUGAAAGUGAGAUUGUCUGUCUGAUUAAUUUAACGAGAGACCUUAACUAAAACUACGUACUGAUUUUUAUCCUGUUUAGUGAUGCUUGUAGAUCUGUCUUUCCGGUUAUGCUAGAACAAGUUUUCUUGUUAACGGUCUGUGCAGCUGAACUUUUUUUUUUCUUUAAUCAUUUGAAACAUGGAGACCAGAACAACAGUGUUUUGUUUUACAGACUCUUUGCAGGCUAGGCUUUUCGUUAUUUUUUUUAAUACUGUCACAGGUAGAAACAGUUACUAACUGUAACUGGCUCUUCAAGAUGUGAUGCAGAUGUGUGUGCACGCCCCGCGCAGAGCCUCUUGCCUAGCAGUACCUGUAGAGGGGCAGCACUCGUGUCUUGUGGGCCCUCCCCUGGCUAUAUGAGGCGGAGCCACCCUGACGCCACUCAGUUUCUUCACACCAAAAGCCUAUGAGAGGAGACUCUGAUGCAGAGGGAAUAGAGGGUCGGUCGUAGAAUACGUCUGUAUCACAUCUCGAAGAGCCACACUUACAGUAAUUAACCAUUUCUUUUUCUUCAAGUGGAUGCAGACAUGGAUUCUGCUUUGGUGACUUCUAAGCAAGCACCUCAAUCUGGGAAGCGGGGCUUGGAGUCUACUGCAGUAGGGAUUGUUUUUAAAUCUUCCGCCCUUCCCAGGCCUUUGUUCCCUUUGGAAGAUAUAGUAGUAGCAUAAUGGUCCAUAAAUGUAUGUGUGGACAACCACAUGGCCGCCCUGCAAAUGUCCACUAUGGAAAUGUCACUGAGGAACGCUAUGGACAUCACUUGCACCCUCUUGGAGUGAGCCCAUAUCCACGGAGGAGGCGUAGCCGAAGCUAUCUCAUACUCAGUCUUGAUACAGGAUGUUAUCCAUCUAGAGAUGGUCUGUGUAGAGACCACUUGCCCCUUCAUGAAGGCUGCAUGUGACAUGAACAGGCGAGGCGAAGAUAAAAGGCUAGACAUCACCUGACAUCCAGAGUACGGAGACGCAGUUUUUCUGGGGACGAGUGCGACUUAGGGAAAAACACAGACAGUGAGAGGGAACUGAGGGGGUUGGGGCGGCACCACCUCAUAUAGUUAGGGCAGGGGCCACAGCCACAAGGCGCAUGCACUGCCCCUCUACAAGUACUGCUAGGCAGAAGUCUCUGGUCCAGCGUGCUAAGCACACACCCACCAAAGUGGAAUACACAUCUGCAUCUACUGGAAGAAGAAUCACUGCCCCCUCAACACUUCAAGAACAUGUGAGGCUGUCUUUUCUGUCCUUCUGAGCUCUGCCAGUUAUCUGUAGCUCAGUAGGCCCAGUAGUUGUCAUGGGCUCAUGUUAGAAAAGACAGUGAAUGGUCUAAUGGUCUCCUGUUGUUAGCAGUGGACCUAUAACUAAUCAUCUUGAACUGCACUGGAACUCAAAACUUCAUUACUGAGAAGGCCAUGAUAUAUUUAUUUGUUUUUAAAUGUAGCAAUGGAAACUCUUUGCAUAGGUUUUGGUGGAAUUUCAGUACUUAUUGGCUUUUUCUUUACAUUGUUAUAAGAAAUUAGGCACUUUAGAUUUGAAUACAUAGACUUUUACUAGCCAGUAGCUAGCUUGUGGUACUAGCCUGAGCAUGACUUUCUUUUUAGCUGAGUGAUUAAUGUAGUUCUUCACAGCUCUGGAAUAUUCUACUAAACUAAGGAGGUUGAGAGCUGUUCAGAAAAAAACAAAUGUCCAAAAGACCUGGACUCGAAGGUACUUUUAUAAGCUUUGAUUGCAGGGUAUUCAUUUGUUGUUUCUAAAGCACAGACCUAGGCAGCCGACUAAAAGGUUUAGGUAGCUGCUGGGGAAAGGACAGGUCCCCAGAUGUGACAAGUAAAUAUUUUUUAAACGAAAUGCAUGAAAUGAUGAUUAGAGAAAGCACCACGGACCCCUAGAAAAUGGAUAAAAUGACCUAAACAGCUCAGAUUGCUAAAGUUCUGGGUUUAGUUUCCGAUUCCUGGUACUAAUUCAGUUUAA